CAGCUUGGACGUGACUGCCACCUCCAGGAGGAAGUAAUACGGGGGACCGAGAUACGCUCAGCCGUGUCUCCACUACCUAAAAGUACUCAAACAAUUUACGCGCCACAGUCUUGUCACGUGAAAACUCAGAGUUAACGUUCGCAGAGAACUUUACUAGGUGAUACAUGCCUUCACGUAUCUUCCUGACAGCCCUAGGAGGUAGGAACUGCCGUCAGAAGCACAAGCAGCAAGUUUAAGCAAUGUAAGCGGUGUUCCUCCGGCGGACCCGCAGAAUUCUAGCGAACGCCAGAGCCGUUACUAAGCAACCGGGCAGCCCGGGCAUGCGCAAAAAACACGGUCGCGGCCUCCGACGCAGGAGGCGGGCGCCGAAAGGGCGGCUCCCAGCAUUCCCUUCGUGCCGCUGCCAAGAUGGCGGCGCCCUUGCUGAGGUGCCGUUUCUGGGGCUGGUGGCCCGGUACCCCAGGCCCGUCCAAAGUCCUGCGCCCCGGAUUGCGUAGGGCUCACUCGGGCACGCAGGGGGUCCUGGCGGCGCAGAAGGCCAGGGGUUUGUUCAAAGAGUUCUUCCCUGAGAGGGGGACGAAGGUGGAGCUCCCGGAGCUCUUCGACCGCAGCUCGGCCAGUUUCUCUCCUCAGACCAUUUACUGCGGCUUCGACCCCACGGGCGACUCGCUCCACGUGGGUCACCUGCUGGCGCUGCUGGGCCUGUUUCACUUCCAACGAGCGGGCCACGACGUGAUUGCGCUGGUCGGGGGCGCCACGGCGCGCCUGGGGGACCCGAGCGGCCGGACCAAGGAGCGCGAGGCGCUGGGCGCGGAGCGUGUGGAGGCCCACGCGCGCGCCCUGCGCCGAGGCCUCGAGGCCCUGGCGGCCAACCACCAGCAGGUGUUCGCCGACGGGCGCCCCUGGGGCCGCUUCACCGUGCUGGACAACGCGGCCUGGUACGAGCCGCAGCGCCUGGUGGACUUUCUGUCGGCCGUGGGCGGCCACUUCCGCAUGGGCACGCUGCUGAGCCGGCAGAGCGUGCAGGCGCGCCUGCAGAGCCCCGAGGGCAUGAGCCUGGCCGAGUUCCUGUACCAGGUGCUCCAGGCCUACGACUUCUACCACCUGUUCCAGCGCUACGGGUGCCGGGUCCAGCUGGGCGGCUCCGACCAGCUGGGCAACAUCAUGUCCGGAUACGAGUUCAUCCACAGGUUGACUGGAGAAGACGUGUUUGGCAUCACUGUCCCUCUCAUCACCAGCACGGCCGGAGCAAAGUUGGGCAAGUCGGCCGGCAAUGCAGUGUGGCUGAGCCGAGAGAAGACGUCUCCGUUUGAGCUCUAUCAGUUCUUCGUGAGGCAGCAGGACAGUGCGGUGGAGAGGUACCUGAAGCUCUUCACCUUCCUGCCCCUUCCGGAGAUUGACCAUCUCAUGCAGCUGCACCAGAGAGAGCCAGAGAAACGGACUCCUCAGAAGCGCCUGGCCGCCGAGGUCACGAAGCUGGUCCAUGGCCGGGAGGGCCUGGACUCUGCCAAGAGGUGCACCCGAGCCCUCUACCACAGCAGCAUCGACGCACUAGAGGUCAUGUCUGACGAGGAGUUAAAGGAGCUGUUUAAAGAAGCUUCGUUUUCUGAGCUGGUUCUUGACCCUGGAACAAGUGUGCUGGACACAUGCCGCAAAGCCAACGCCAUCCCGGAUGGCCCCCGAGGGUAUAAGAUGAUAACGGAAGGUGGAGUCAGUAUAAACCACAGACAAGUCACAAAUCCUGAGAGCGUUCUGGUUGUGGGACAGCACAUCCUCAAGAAUGGACUUUCCCUACUUAAAAUAGGAAAAAGGAACUUCUACAUCAUAAAAUGGCUUCAGUUAUGAUGAAGAAUCAUCCUGUUCUGACUUGCCCAUUUUCACUCUGGAAGAAUAAGAAAGGUUGGCUCCGUAAUUUAUGCCUUGGCUUUUGCAAGUCAGAGCAAGAAGCUGGACUGUACACUAGGCCUCGCAGUGUAAGUAGUCUCAUUAUUUUUAUGGGCUGGUUAAUAAAUAAGGUGUUGUUUAAUGA